AUGGUGAGAACCAGAGGAAGUGGCUCUCGGUAUGUCAAGGCAGUGGCUGGUUCGAUGACUGCUUCUCCAUCCCUCACCAAGAAGAAGGCUCGGAAGAGUACCUUGUCUCAUCCCAUCCACAUUGACGGUUCCAUCACUGCGAGCAAAGCCGUGGUCAUUCCGGACCUUGAAGCCCCCAAAGUUCUGUCUGAACCUCCUUCAUCGGCGGCUCCGCUCGCCUCUGUCCCUGGGUCUUCCAAAAGGGGCCGAGCUUCUCCAUCAGAGGAUGUCUCUGAUCAUGAACGUGAUCCUGCCAAACCCCAUUCUGAUUCCUCAGAGUCACCUGAUAUGCUUGCACCCAAGAAGAAAAGCAAAAGUUGGUUCCAGGUCUCUUCUUCUCAAAAAUCUCCUCGUUCCAAAGGGCCUAAUCCUUCUGAUUCCACGCCAAAGGCUUCGUCUCUCGUGGGUUCCACUCCACAUUUCAAGUUUCGGUCAAAGGUAAAGAAAAUUCCUCCACCUUGUUCUUCUUCUGAAACUAACCCUUCUUCAGAUUGUGUUCCCUCUAAUGAAGAUCCCCUUGAUGACUGUUCUUUAAUCGGGCUGGAUGGUUUUGUUCCUAGAGUUGUUCAAGAAUUCUAUGCCAAUCUCAAUGAUGAUCUGUUUGAUAGGAAAUCUUUUAUGUUUGGACAAGUUUAUGUCCGAGGGAAUUGGUAUUUGUUUAGAACUGCUGAAAUUGCCAAGGUUCUCAAUUUGCCACCUUUUGUUGACAAUGUUGCUAUGGAUUUCAACAAAGAUAGGGUGCUUUCGGAGUUGGCAGGACAGAAUAUGGUUUGGGAACCUCACUCGGUUCUCAAAGUAACCGACCUUACUCAUUACUAUGUCGUGCCUCACAAAUUUGCCACCAACAACUGGAUUCCCACUACUCAUACCUCCACCAUUACUUUUGACACGACCUUCUUUCUGUACAGAGUCGGAACUGGUCUCCAAGUUGAUCUUGCCUCUCUCAUUUUUUACCAGAUCACUGCCUUAGGAAAUUCAAAAAAGAAAGGCCAAUAUUUGGUGUUUUCUCAUUUGAUCUACAAGUUGCUUGAUUCCCAAAAGUCUCUUCAAUUGGAAUAUGAAAUCUUGACUCCUCCCACUGCCGGUGCAGACUACAAACUCAAGAAGGUACCAUCAUCCGUUAAGGCAACUAAAGGAAUUGCUCUCAAGGCUGGCGAUGAUUCUGUUGCUACUGACCUCGCUGGUGUCAAGGCCACUCUAGAAUCUGUUCAAACAGAAGUGUUCAGCCUCAAGAGUUGUCUCUCAACCAUGAUGUCUCACUUUGCAGCGGGUCUUUCCAACUGA